AAAAAACAAGGGAGGUCACUAUUAUAAUCUGAAAAAAUGGCGAAGUUCUUCAGUCAGACCGAUAUAGAUCUGUUCAAGGAGUGUUUCUUCUUCAUUGCAAAGAGAGGCUAUACGCAAGAUGAACACCAAAUGGGACAGAUUAUGAGGUCUCUAUCGUACAGCCCGACAGAGGAAGAAAUAAAAAAGUAUUUCCAAAAAUAUGUGAAAGAUGACAGGAUUGAUUUUGCGUCUUUCCUGGAGGUGAUGCAUGAACAUAACAUGAAGGAAAAGGCAGUGAAAGAGAUCAUCCUGGCAUUUAAAGCCCAUGACACUGAAGGUCGGGGUUACGUCCAAACAAACGAGGUCAAGAACAUCCUUGCCAAUCUCGGAGAACAGCUGACAAAGCGAGAAGUGGAUGCACUGUUUCGCGAUGGCGGUGUGAAUGGAUCCCAGCUACGAUACCAAGACUUCAUCAACAAUAUUUCACAACCUGUCCCUGACUAUUAAAUAGUCCCUGGCUAUUAACUCAUGAACAUUGUUUAUCAUUCUGUUCUCUUUCAAUACAAAGUUAUGCAUUGGAAUUUUAAUAUUUAGAAAGACUUUGUUAGCAAUGUUACGUAAUCUGUUCAAUCUGUUCCCAAAAAUUGACUGGUUAUAAUUCUUUUAUAUCCUGACUUAAGAUACCUAACGAUAGAUUGGACUUCAAAUUCCAGAAAGUCUGUAUAAACAGUGUAAUGCAUUUUUUUUCUAGACUAUUUACUCUUUUACAUGAUCAUGAUUUCAUAUUCUUCAAAAAUGUCAUUAGUAUCACAUUAGGUAAAAUUGUUAACAGAUGAGAUAUUUAAUUUAAAAAAAUGUUUGAAGUAAUGAAGGAGUAUCCCUCUGUAUGAAAUACAAUUGAUACCUUAUCGAGGUAGACUAUGUUUAAUCAGCAAAGAACUCUAUAUAUCUUAUUUUGCAAGUUUUUCACCAUGCACUGUUUCUUUUUUUUACUGCUAGAAUAUAUGAUUCAGUUUUGCUAUUUGCCUUUUUGACUGCUAUGCACUUUUGUUGCUGUUAAAUAUCGUAAAUUAAAUUGACAGUAAAAAUAUGAUACUUAAAGAUGCACUCUUACUCCCAGAUAAGAUUUACCACAAUUAAAAAUAUUGUUUAAAAAUUCAAAAAAGUAUGAAUAAAUGUCAAAAACAAUAGUUCUAAUGAAGGAUACCGAGUAUAAUUGGAUAGAAAUGUGCAUAAAGCACAGUAUUUAUACCUUAUGAGACUAUAGCAGACUACAGUAAAUCUUUUAGCAUUCACCAAUCAUUUAAUAUUAUUGCGCUUUCUGCUAUUGCAUAUAAGGUUACAAUCGUGUUAUAAGUAAUUAAUAAUUUUUAUAAAUGCAUUAUUUAGUAAGAAGUUAAAGGUUUAUCAGUCAAAAUUUAUAUUUGUUAUACAUGUGUAUGUACUGAUUUUGAAUAAGAGUGUCACUUUAAUGUAUAAUAUAUUUGUUCUUUACAUGUAAGACUUUUUGCUCUGGUUGUGAUUUCUAAUGAAUAGCACUCCAUCUGAUGACACACAUUCCAAAAUCUUUAAUGCAUAUCUUAUAUAUUGUUCCUUUAUUUACAUUAUGAUAUAGAUAGUAAAUGUUUUGUGAAGAAAGUGUUUUGUGAAUUUAAUUGAUAUCUUUGAUGUGUUUUGUAAUUUUUAUUUAUGCACUACUAAUUUUGUAAUAAACAAUUUUAUAGUA